AUGGCAAACCUUCAGAAUAUUUUCAUGUCCGUUGAUAAAGACAGGUAUGAUUCGGAAUUGAAACAAGGAAUACAUCAAUCAAUAAUUAUAUUUUUUAGAUCCGGACAAAUUAGUGCAGAUGAAUUGCAAAGAGCAUUAUCGAAUGGAACAUGGAAUCCUUUCAAUCCAGAAACAUGUCGACUUAUGAUUGGAAUGUUUGAUUCAAAUGGAGAUGGAGCUAUCAAUUUUCAAGAAUUCCAGGUUUGUUGUUUCGUAGAGUUUUGAAUUAGACCAAAAAAGGCAAUUUUAGGCACUCUGGAAAUACAUUAAUGAUUGGACCAAUUGUUUCCGUGGAUUUGAUAGCGACGGUUCUGGAAAUAUUGACAAACAAGAAUUAACCAAUGCUCUAACACAAUUUGGUAAGUUCUUCUUCUUCCCUCAAAAUAUCUAACUUACAUUCUUCUUUUUCCCAAUCCAGGAUAUCGUCUUUCUCCACAAUUCUACAAUAUUUUAAUGCAUAAAUUCGAUAGAUCACAUUCAAAUCGUAUCAAUUUCGACGAUUUCAUUCAAUUGUGUGUUGUUUUGCAAACAUUGACCGCUGCUUUCAGGUUUGUGGAAAGAACUACCUUGGCAACACUUUAUAAAUAAUUUAUUUUUCUCUUUUUCAGAGAUGUGGAUACAGAUCGAGAUGGAAUCAUCACAGUUGGAUACGAACAAUUUUUGACAAUGGUGUUUUCAUUGAAAAUGUGAUUUUUGACCUAGUGUAGGAAACGUUUACUAAACUCAUUUUUGAAACUAACUUUUGUCCCCGUCUCCCCUCACUCGCUGUUUUCAGAAAUAUUAAUUUUCAGUUUUUCAGGUAGCUCGUAGUGUUUUCAAUCGAUUAGGAUAA